UGUUACCUUAAGGGCAGCUCUCUCCAUAGCAACUGAAAACUUUUCAAGGCAGCAAUAAACUAAUCCUCUCCAGCUUCCAGAGCACCAUCAAGGAAUUUUAAAAACAUUGGACUUCCAGCAGCUAAAUACUUCUGAGGAUUCAGAAGUCCACAAAGCUAGAUACACAAGCAUUCUUUUUCCCUUCAGAAGAUUCUUCAGGUUUCCAGUUUAAGCUGUGAAGUGCAAACAACAAUCCAACAUUCAGUGCAGAUCACGCACUGCGGGAAGAGGAGAUGUGUUUUCUGACCAGGCAUCCAGCUCUUGGGGUGGUAUGUUCUGCUUUCAUAUUCAGCAUGCUCAUUGCUGAAGGACAGCCUGGGGAAGAGCAUGGGCAGGAUGGCAGCAAUCCUCCCAGCAGAGGCUUUCUGGUGGAAGUUUUACGCAUUCUCUCAGCUGAAAACACUGAGCUCCACAUGAACCACUCACGAGAACUGGUCAAAAUGUUACUGGAGAGAGCUGAGUGCCCACAGCGGAUUUAUGGCAUGCAAGAGGAUUGUAAUCUGUGCCUUGAACCAGAUGCUUUGUUACUAAUAGCUGGAGGAGAUUUAGAAGACCAUCUCAGUGAAGAAGUAUUUGAGAGAAUUUCUCUUAUUCUUCUCUACUACAUUUUUCAUCGUAGAAAUAUGUGUUCUUCAGAAUUCAGUUUGAAUGAUAAGGAUUAUAAAUUUUACCUACAAAAUAUGCUUAGUUUAAGACAUGAUGAAGACUGUUAUUAUUUUUCACGGAAUGAAACUGAAGAUAUUUUAGCUGCAGUAAGGCAACAUUUUAAAACUUCUGAAAACCAGUGUGUUGAUGUGAGCACUCUGGAGAAAAAUGCUGAUAUAAUGGAUGGAGAUGGUGCUGAUGAAAACAGUCUUCCACGCCUGGCUGCUUUAAUCCUUACUCUGGCUCUCCAAGGAGUCUGUAUGGGGAAAGCAAGUUUGCCUUCCCCAGAAUUCUUUAUAAAAUAUAUUUUCAGUUCUCUAAAUAGUACCACUGAGCUCCAAGUGACAGAACUAGAACAACUACUAAAUGUGGUUACAGCCAAAAAGACCUGCACUGUAAAUGGACAAUUUCGCAGUGACAAAAGAAGACGUUACAGUAUGGCAGUCAGAGAUAUUGGAAGAAGAAAUACUUCGGCCAAAGGAAACCAUACAAAAGGGGACUAUCUGAAAAGCUAUUUUGAAGAUCGUGAAAGGAGCACGGAUUGGGACCAGGUUUGCUUCUCUGCCAAUGAACUUGUGAAGAUAUUUUUGAAAAACAGUUCUUCCUCCAUUUCUAAGGAACACUUCAAGCAAAUCAGUCCAGCUAUCAUUCAACAACUUUUGAGUUGUUCAUGUCAGCUUCCUGACUUCAAACAGACAAAGCUUCCACCAACAACAGUGGAAAAAUAUGGUUACAGCACUGUUGCUGUUUUACUUAUUACUAUUGGAUCUAUGUUUGGUACAACUCUCAUUUUAUUUAACUCCUGUCAAGAAAUCUAUACACUCAUUUUACAGCUGUUUGUCGGUUUGGCUGUUGGAACCCUUUCUGGAGAUGCGUUGCUACAUCUUAUUCCUCAGACUCUUGGUCUGCAUAAACAUGAAACACAAGACAUAGAACAUUUCUAUGAGGGAAAAGAAUAUAUUUGGAAACUUUUGGGAAUAAUUGGAGGAAUUCAUGGAUUUUUUCUGAUAGAAAAGUGUUUCUUUCUUUUGGUAACACCUCGUGACCAGAGAAGCCCAGAAGAUUCUGAACCUGCUGAAGUUCCUCCAGAGAGCAAGAUGAUCAGCAAAAAAAGUAAAAAAAUCAGCUUGUUAGCAAUAAUGGUUCUGGUGGGUGACAGUCUUCACAAUUUCGCUGAUGGCUUGGUAAUAGGAGCAGCAUUCUCAUCCUCAACAGAAACAGGUGUGACAACGACUGUUGCCAUUUUAUGCCAUGAAAUUCCUCAUGAAAUGGGAGAUUUUGCUGUGCUGCUAAGUACAGGGCUCCCCACGAAGAUUGCAAUUUUGAUGAAUUUUAUAAGUGCACUAACAGCAUUCUUAGGACUUUAUAUUGGCCUUUCUCUAUCGACUGACCCAUCCAUUCAAAACUGGAUCUUUACUAUUACAGCUGGAAUGUUCUUGUAUUUAUCUUUAGCAGAAAUGCUUCCUGAAAUGACUCAUAUUCAGACACGGCGACCCUGGUUGAUGUUUCUCCUACAGAACCUUGGAUUACUAUUGGGCUGGCUUUGUCUCUUACUUUUGGCUGUAUUUGAACAGAAAAUUAAAAUAUAAGUUUUCUGUUGGAAAUCUCGAAGUCCCACUUAUGAGAGUGGAUAGCAUUAUUCACAAUUUUGUCAUGUCUGCCAUAGUGAUAUGUAAAUUAAGUUGCUGGGAUUUUAUAUCUGAACAGUAGAUAACUAUUUUACUUUAUUAACUUAUUGUUCAGAUUUUUGUAAUUAUUUUUUUGUAAAAAUGAAUGUUUAGAAUUAUGUUUUGUUUGUUACUGAGUUUACCAGAUCGCAUGCUCAAACUCACAGGAGCUUUUAAUUAGUUUUUAUUGAGAGUGUUCUAUUGAAUGCUCUAAGUGACCUCUGCCAGUCUGAUUGAAGAAAAGAAUAAAACACUUUUAUAUGCAAUGAUUAAAGUAGACUAACCAUAGUUGAAUAAUUUGAAUAUGGAUUUUUUUUGCCUUUUAGUACAAAUAAUUGUUUCUUUAAAUCUGAAAAGCAUAACAAAGCUUAACUGCUAAACGGCAUAAAGCAAUCUCGUAAAGUCUGCACUUUCUACUUUGUCAACAUAAAGAUUCUCAUCAGUUGCAUCUUACUGAUCCACUGUGGCAGGAAAAAAAUGACAAGUGUAAAUGCUGAAGUUUAUGAUACAGAAAUUUGAGAAUCCUUUUCCAGCUGUAUUACAGUUUCUAAUAUGUGUAAUACAGUUUCUCAUAUGUGUGAUGGAACCUGUGACAGUCAAGCACCUUUUGCAUUAUCUCACCUCUGGUGGUUGCUUAUAGCAACUGCUUAUGAAGGAUUAUAAAAAAUGUGUUUAAAUUGCCUUUUCCUGAUAUCCUUUCCAAGCUCUUCAAAUGAAGAGAUUUCUUGGGCCAAAUGUUGCUUCUGAGACAUCAUAUUCAAUAAACACUUGCCUUCCUGUCAGCAAUUAGCUUAAUCAUAGAUAUGUGAUGUGCAUUGUGAAAAGAGCUUUUACAAUUGUCUAGAGUGCAUGUAGCCUCACUGCAACUCCUCCCAUUCUGAGUGAUUUUUUGUGUAAUUAGUCCUCUUGAUUUCAAGGUAAUUAUGCAUAAGUUGAGAUGGUUAAUUUAAUUUAGUUUUGCAGAACCGGGUCUGAAACAAAUAUACAAAUUCUGCUCUGAUUCUGAUGUGCUGAGCAGCUUCCAGAAGGCAUUGAGUAACACUCAACUGUGUAAUUUCAGCUCUUUACAUGCUCUCAAUUUCUGGUGCAAGGACUUCUCCCCUACCUUAUUUAUACUUUUGUAUGAGAACUAAAUGAUAUUCUUUCUUUCUCCUCUGAAGAGCUGUGGAAAUAGGUUGCUCUAAGGAGCAAGUUAUAGAACAGAUAUACAUUCCUUAUGAAGCAACUUAAAGUUUUCUUUUCUUUGUCUAAACUCUGUCUUGAAAUAUCUCUACGUUAUGACACAACAUGACUGUCUCACAUGUCCUGUGUUUAUUUGAUAGCUCCUUGUGAAGGCACAAUUAUUCUCAUAUUACAGAGGGGAACAGGAUCUACUCUCCUACAGCAGACUGUCAGACCUGUUAGUUCCCAAAAGCUUCAUAUUAACUUAUCAAACUACAAAGUGCAAAAAGAUACUCAGUUUCACUGUUUAUGAUAGCCCAUGCUCAUGGGCUUGUGAACCCUUAGUCAACCACUGACUGACCCUAAAGGGAAAAAAACCCCAAACUUAGAGAUAAUUUUUAAAGUAGAUAUGGAUUGAUUUUCAGUGCCUGUUACUUAUCUGUAGCAAAUACACCAAUGCAAAUCUAGACAAACUUAGACAUGUACAUACCUUCAGAAACCGUGUCCCAAACAAUCUAUCCAAGGGAACAAAGGAAGUCUCUACCUAACCGGGGAGUGGCCUGAAGUACAAUCCUAGCUUCUUUUAUUUAGGGGUACAA